AUGAAUAACAGCACUGCUUUACCAAAAAUUGCACCGACCAUUCCCUCAAUAAUGUUUAUUUUUGGGGUUACUGGCAAUUUGAUUGCCAUCGUUGUCCUUUGCAAGUCCAGAAAAGAGCAGAAAGAGACAACAUUUUACACGCUGGUUUGCGGACUCGCUGUCACUGAUCUUUUGGGCACAGUCCUCGCGAGUCCAGUUACUAUUGCUACUUAUGUCAAAGGAUCCUGGCCAGACGGGGACCCCCUUUGCCAGUACUUCGGAUUCGUCCUUUUGUUCUUCUCCUUAGCUGGCCUAAGUAUAAUAUGCGCAAUGUCCAUCGAGAGAUAUAUUGCAAUCAACCAUGCUUAUUUUUACAAUGACUAUAUUGACAGAAAGCUCGCAGGGUUAACGCUUUUUGCUAUUUACGUUUCGAACAUUUUAUUCUGUGCCUUACCGAGUAUGGGUUUUGGAGAAGUAAAGAUGCAGUACCCUCAAACGUGGUGCUUCAUUGACUGGAGAAGUAACGUGAGUACGCACGCAGCGUUCUCCUAUAUGUACGCGGGAUUCAGUUCGAUACUCGUCCUAAUAACUGUGAUUUGCAACGUUCUGGUGUUCGGGGCUUUGAUCAGAAUGCACAGAAGGUUUAUACGUAGGAUGUCUCUUGGAACUGAUCAAGGAAUGGGAACUGAUCCCGGAAGACACCGCAGUUUUCGACGUUUGGUUGGAGUUGAAAUCCAGAUGUUUGUUUUGCUCAUCGCCACUUCAAUUGUGAUCCUCAUUUGUUCAAUCCCUCUCGUAGUGCAAGUAUUUGUCAACCAGCUGUAUAAGACUGAGGUUGAGAAGAGGUUGGACAAGAACCCAGAUCUUCUUGCCGUCCGGAUGGCUUCAAUAAACCCUAUCCUUGACCCUUGGAUCUAUAUCCUCAUGCGGAAGGCAGUCCUUCUGAAAGUAAUUGAGAACAUCAAAUGUUUGUUCUGUAAGAUUGAAGCUCGGGGCCAACAGAGGCAAAACGCUUUUCACUGCAUUGAUGCUCAGCAAAUCUCCUCUGUCAUCUCACGGGAAUCCCCUUCCCUCAUGUCUCAGGGUCUGAAAGAGGUCAGCAGCACCUCGCAGACUCUUCUCUAUCCACCAGAGACCACUGAAAGUUACUUUGGCACCUGUCAAUCAAGUCAGUUGGAAUCCUGCCCAUCUGUAGGCCACUCCACUAAAGACUUAAACUCUGACUCCUCCAAUGGGAACAGUGUGGACAACGAGGGUGGAACGUGCCCAAGUGUGAGUGUGCAGACCACGAACACCACCAGCCCUUCCACCAGCUCAAAAGAUCAGUCCCUGCAUGUGACUUUGACUAAUGACACAUUCCAAGAGAAAAGUAUAUAA